CGGCCGCAGCUGCCCCGCUCGCCCUCUCGGGCUCCUCCAUCCUCCGGCCCGGGGCCCCCGGCCCGCGGACCCAGGCGCUCUCGGGGCGCACACCUGGCCGGUCCCGCCAUGGUGUCCUGGAUCAUCUCCCGCCUGGUGGUGCUGAUCUUUGGCACGCUGUACCCAGCCUACUCGUCCUAUAAGGCUGUCAAGACAAAAAAUGUGAAGGAAUAUGUGAGUGUGUGGGGCUCCCUGCCUCCUGAGGUGGGGGGUGGAUGUGAGGUGACCCCCAGGGUCAGAGAGGGAUGGGGAGCUAGGGGAGGGGCAUGUGUGACCUCCAUGACUCCUCCCACACACCUCCUGCUGUGCCUGCAGGUGAAGUGGAUGAUGUAUUGGAUCGUGUUUGCCUUCUUCACCACUGCUGAGACUCUCACCGACAUUGUGCUGUCCUGGUUUCCUUUCUACUUUGAGCUGAAAAUUGCCUUUGUGAUCUGGUUGCUGUCCCCAUAUACCAAGGGCUCCAGUGUGCUCUAUCGAAAGUUUGUACAUCCUACACUCUCCAACAAGGAAAAGGAAAUUGAUGAAUAUAUCACACAGGCCCGGGACAAGAGCUAUGAGACCAUGAUGAGGGUGGGCAAAAGGGGCCUGAACCUAGCAGCCAAUGCUGCCGUCACUGCAGCUACCAAGGGCCAGGGAGUGUUGUCAGAAAAGCUGAGAAGCUUCAGCAUGCAAGACUUGACCCUGAUCCGAGAUGAUGAAGGCUUGCCCCUGCAUGGUUCUGAUGGCCGGCUCCGACCCUCAGCCAGUGGCCUCCUGGACCCCAUUGAGGACUUAGGGGAUGACCCUGGCCUGAACCUUCGGUCCUCAAGUGGGAGCCAGUCAGACACACGAACAGAGGCCUCUGAGGAUGACAUGGGGGACAAGACCCCUAAGCGCAUCAAAUCAAUCAAGAAAGUGCCAAAAGCUGAGCCAAUCCCCAAGACGCUGAAGACCCGCCCUAAGAAGAAGCCCGCAAGUGGGGGAGAGUCGGCCUGAUGUGCGCCUUCCCCCCCCCUCCUCUGCGCAGAGACCCUACUGGGGGAAGCCAUGUACAGAACUGCUGCUGCUUCCUAGAUUGAGGGGUCCCCAGGGCGAGGGCAGCUCCUGGGGAUCCAUAUCCUCAGGCAUACCCUCCAUGGGAGCAGCCCCUCCCCCACCCCUUUCUCUCACUGUCUGAGUCUGAGGACCAAGAUGUGAGAUGCUGCCUUUGGGGUCUCCCAGUGAGGCGUCUGACCAGGGUUGGGUGGGCAGGUAUGAAGAAUCACUGGUCUGGGAGCUGGUUAGAGUCAGCUGACCAGAGCCAGGCAUUUUCUUGCUUUGGGCAGCUGGUUUGGGAACACAAGGACCAGGGUUGAGGAUGGGGGUGGAGGAGGUUGUUAUGUCCAUGGAAGAACUGCCCCCUUGAAAUAGCAGUAUUGGGGUCUUUUUGGUUGGAGGCUUGGGGGUGUGUGUGUGUGUGUGUGUGUGUGUGUGUAAGAAGGAGGAUCCUGAGGACAGAGUCACAUGGCAAACUCAUUAGAGCAUCCCUCCUUUGUCUUUGCCCUUCAGCCUUCCUUCUUGAGUGACUUCCCCACCUCUAGCCCACUUAGUGCCUUGCUGGAUGCCAGGGCAUGCUAUGGGGGAAAGGGCUAAAGACCAGAGAGUUCUUCCAGCCUUACCUCAUAUAUUCUGCCCCUCUUCACCCGUCCCUUUUUUAUUGGACCUUGGCUGCCCCAUAUCCUCCGGUUGAUAUAGGCUGGCUGAAAAAUGGGCUGAUGGGCCAAGCCCCCCACUCACUAGGUGUAGGCCCCUAGAAGACUUCUCCUCCCCCAUGGGAGUGAGAACACUGGGACCAUGUUGCCUCCAGAUUAAAAGGGAUGAAUAGAAGGAGCAAUUUCCCAUUGAAAACCCAAAGUAACUAGCCAAGGUUUGGGGUGGGGUGGGGGGAAGGGGAGAUCAGGGCCUUCCUGAAUCAACACUUUCCUUUACUGUCCUCCCAGAGGCCAUUUCCUUGAAUAAUCCCUCUUUUCCUCUCCUUUCCCCUCUCAACUUUCCCCCUCCUCCAGCUUCUAUUCAUCUA